AUGUUCGGAUCUAUCGCCCUUACCAUUGAUUCCGUGAUCGUGCUUUCCAUUGCUGCGCGUGACGCCUGCUGCACGUGCUGUGUGACUAUCCGUUCCGGCGCCCGCCGCGCUCUUUCGAGUUCCUCUUCAUCCAUUUCCUUGGCGAUUGCCUUUGCCUUUGCCAUGAUCACAAAUCGGAAUCUCCUCAAUCCCAAGUUUGAUGGGUACAAAUUUGAGGCCAUCGACCAGGAAGAGUGCGUUGCACACCAUUCUCUCCAGUAUCCCAUCACCCAAGCUACAGUGUCCACCCACCACCCAUUAUCUUUCCACGAAGUCCAGAGCCGCAUUACACACAACCACCUCACCAUAUGGCAAGGUUCUUCGAGAGCCAUCUAUGUUGAUGCAGAUUAUCAUGUCAUCGUCGUGAGCUUCGAUGGAGCGUCCACUCCGUCUUUCCGCUCUAUGUUUGAAAUGCCUCGUCCCCUCCAGUCAUCAAACACUCAAACUCAUGAAUACCCCUCGGUCGCAACGCUCUCAUCUACACACGUCGCUGUGUCAGAUGGUGCUGGUCUUCUUUACUUCUUGGAGGAUUGCGGCGAAGAAGUACUUGGCACGCGAGGAGUUUAUCGGCUACCGGCUUCUGAUCCCUUCCGCAUCCAUAUCGGGAAAACCCUGGUCGACGAAACCGUUCUUGUGCUCUCGGCGAGAUCACCAGUCUCCUCCCGGACCGAAACCGUCAAUUUCAAUAUCUACGGAAUCCGUCUCCAAAAAUCCUCAGAAAUAUCUCGAUCUGAUGCCGUGCUCCCUCUCGAUGUGAAAUGGCAACGCAGAGGCUCCGCGGUGCCGUUCAAUGUCUUUUAUGACGAAUCCAGAGGCACUUUUGUGAUCAUGGGGGAAUGUGCUUAUACUGUUAUCGAGGGUCCCGAUGUACCAGCCUACGAGCCCGCUGCAGAUGAAAUAGUUCCAAUUCCACGGGCUAAUGAGAGUCUCGAUGUAACCCCUCCUCCGCCAUACUCGUGGACACAAACCUCUGAUUCCGUGACAGUCGUCCUGCCUCUUCCUUCAAGCACGCCCACAGCCUGCAUUCAAGUGACCUUUUCACCGCACGCAUUGACCCUGCACAUCAAAGACGAUAUCGCAACUGACAUGCCUCUUCCCCAUUAUUCCUCUAAAAGAUUAUGGGGACCUGUUGCCGUAUCCUCGAGCAUGUGGACAUGGGACCGCGAGGGUGACCACCACCUUGGUCUAUUAACCCUUCAUCUCGACAAACAACAUGAGGGCACACGCUGGUCGCAUCUCUUCGAGUCGUCCGGCACCUCGUCCGACGAUCCUGAAGUUCCCGAAACCGUCGAUCCAUCCGAGCUUUGGAAGAUCCGCGAAUCUCUCGAAAAAUACACAACUUCGCUGCACGGGGGCGAGGAUGCCAGUGGCUUAGGUCUGGGAACGGGACUUCCCAGUCUUGCACAGGGAGAGAUGGAUGACGAAGUUGACCUUUCGAUCGGUAAAAAUACGCAGUUGACCUGGGUGAAAGUGAACGGCGCCUCGCCAAGUUGGGCAUCGCAAAGUGGAGAGCUCCCUGGCCGUCUCCUUUCGACCGACCUGCCCGGGAGUAACCUGAUCUGCAGUCUUGUACUCAAGAAUGGUAUCGAUGGUACUGUCUUUACGCUGCAGCCAGCACUUUCGAACGACGAGGAUCCAGCGACUUGGACUCACUCGAGCACUUUCUCCGCCCUGUCAUUCGUCCUGGCCUCGAAAACAGACACACGAUUCACACACCACAUUUCAAAUUCAGCGGUCUUGGCGUUUGAAAACGGAAUGCACAACCGGGGAGGAAAUGUGUACAUAUAUCGUGCGGCCCCGGCAGGACAAAAUUGGGCCAAGCAGGCUGUGCUCCGGGCCGGAAAUCAGGGCUCUCUUCUGGGGGUUGGUGCAAUCCAUGUCGGAAACGACGUGCUCAUCCUGGCAUUGACCGAAAAGGAAUUGGUGGUCGUGAAAAACAUUGUAUAA